GGGCAUGCUACCAUGCUGGACGAGUCGAGUUCCGCUGCGCCGGUAGACUGGAACAGGACUAGCACAGACAACACAGACUUGACCAACCUUUUUGUCACUUUCUUCGACGAAACAAGCCAGCAGUAUGUCCCCGCUACGAACGCUACGGAGCCGUACCAGUCGUUCAUCCUACCGUGGUGGCGGCAGGUGGUGUGGACGGUGCUGUUCGCUGGAAUCGUGGUGGUGGCCACCGUCGGCAACAUCGUCGUCAUCUGGAUAGUGCUCGCCAACAAGAGGAUGAGGAGCGUCACUAAUUAUUUUCUAGUUAACCUGUCGGUGGCGGACGCGAUGGUGUCGACCCUCAACGUGACGUUCAACUUUACGUACAUGCUGUACUCGGACUGGCCGUUCGGACACUUCUACUGCAAGUUCUGUCAGUUCAUCGCCGUGCUCAGCAUAUCAGCGUCCGUCUUCACGCUCAUGGCCAUUAGCAUAGAUCGAUACGUCGCAAUAAUGAAUCCCCUGCGGCCUCGGCUGGGCAAACGGGCGACGCUGGGCAUCGCCGCCGCCAUCUGGGCCGGCAGCUCCAUCAUCAGCAGCCCCAACCUCAUCUACUUCACCACAGACAUCGACCCACAGCCGGAUGGUACUACAAGGCGAGUGUGUUUUCCCGAGUGGCCGGACGGUAUCACGACUAGAUCUGACCUGGAGUAUGCAUACAACGUAGCGUUUAUGGUCCUAACGUAUUUUCUGCCAAUAAUCUCGAUGACCUACACCUACGCGAAGGUCGGAGUGGAGCUGUGGGGGUCAAAAUCUAUCGGAGAAUGCACACAGAGACAAUUAGACAACGUAAAGAGCAAGCGAAGGGUGGUGAAAAUGAUGAUCGUGGUUGUGGUGAUAUUCGCGGUGUGCUGGCUGCCAUUCCACAUGUACUUCGUGGUGACCUCCUACUACCCCGAUGUGGUCAACUACUCCCACAUCCAGGAGAUCUACCUCGGCAUCUACUGGCUCGCCAUGAGCAACUCCAUGUACAACCCCAUCAUCUACUGCUGGAUGAAUUCCAAAUUUCGUCGUGGUUUCAAGCAAUUCUUCUGGUGCUGUGGAGCCAUCGGCAACGGAAGGCUGAGUAGGCAUCGCGCUUUUGGAACUGACCGCUUGGAUAGGUCCAUGAGAUCCUUGUCGCCGAGUAGGAAGAAUGGGACAAGCACGAUCCGGAUUUCGAUGCAUAGCACAUACAACAACGUGGGGAGCACCUGACAUAGGCGCAACACGUGCGGCGGGCACGGCGAGCCGGGCUCGUGUGACGUUCGCGACGACGAGCGCACGUGGAUAUGACGCGCCCCCCGCCCCGCGCCCACCCCGCACGACCUGUACGGCUGAAGUGGACGCCAGUGUGAACGUAGCUUAAGAUCUACCCGUACUCACGGUCGACAGGAAUGCCUGUGGCUCUACCAUGAUUUUAAAGCUAUAGUAUUUAUCGAUACUCGAUACCGACUACGUAAAUUUUUAGUAUGGCAAAUUUCACAGCGCCUCUAACGGCUACUUGCGGAACUAACAUCGCCAUAAUAAACAUUUACGUUGUCGGUAUCGAGUAUCGAUAAAUACUGUAACUUUAAACUCGUGGUAGAGCUACUGAUCUUUGUAGCCUAUUGUAUGCAAACUAGUGUCGACUCUAGUAUACACAAAAUAGAGUUUAUUUCGCAUACAACGUAAUUAUAUCACUGAACAAGUUUGGGGGAAAGUACUUUUUUUGUCUUUAGUCUAUAAUCUUUGUGGAAGCAACGGAGCCAUUUCUGUUGACCCUGCGCGUGCGCCUAAUUACUUAUAACAAUAUUUUAGAAGUUCUCGAGUCGCAUGGACAAUUUUUUACCGGGAUGAUUCUGUU